UCUUAAAUUCCCGGAGAAUUUAAUCAACGGUUAUAUUCUCGUUCAUAACAGCGAUAAUGUCGGGAAACGUAUCAACUAUUUUCUUAAUUCAAAAAUUCUUCGUUACUGUUUGAGGAAUUUAAAUUUCUUACUUACCUACAGAAGAUAUAUACACAAGUCGAAGAGAAAAUAGUGAGUAAAAAUAAUUGCAAAUUACAUAAAGAACAAAUACAGUUUAUUUAGGCAAUUGGUGUCAACAAAGUUGGGAAAAAAGGAAGAAGAAAAAAAACAGAAAAAGGUGUUAACAACCAGUGGUAACUUCACAAGAUUCAUUCAAUCAAUUGACUAUCGUUGUCAAUUCGUGGUUGUCGAGUAGUAGUUCAAGGAAUUUCCAUCGAAAUUCGUAACGCGUGUGACGGUAGCAGCUGAUCCAUGGAAAUGUGUUGAGGUAUACAAACACACCUGUACAUUAUUUUCAAGCCGCAUAUCUGCGCGGGUGGUGGUGUACGGAUUCUCGGUAACGUCGCGACGCUGCAGUGCGUUUCGUGUUCUGAAACAGUGUGUUUCUCAUGUUCAGUGUGACAAUCCCCCCGGUGAACGAAGAGUUAGCAACGAUUGCGAAAGGAGUGAAAGGAUUGGAAGAUCUUUUACCAACAGCAUAAGAGUCUCAUCGGUUUCACGACAGCACAUACGAGACACGUUGAAAUCUCAGCUUCCGCUUGAUGCAGUCGCGUUUGAUAAUUGACCAAAUCGUGUGCUACGCGAAGAAUAACCCAAACAUCACCAGAUAGUGACAAAAUCUGUUCAGACCGUAACGGAGCGGUGCUGAAAUCAACAUGAAUUAUGGAUCAAAUUAACGCAAGCGUCUUUAGAGGAUAAACCUUAGACUAACCAGGGUCCAGUCAUUCAUCAGAAAAUCGAUCUGGACCACUCUCACCCUUCGACUAAAGUACGAGUUGGAUUUCAAACUGCAUUAUGAAGACUUUGGGAUUUCUCAGCAUUUCGGUUCUAAAAGAAUAAGCAGAUGGUAAAAUUUUAUCUAACUGAAGCCCCUGAUGCUUGAAUUAGAAGAAACAAUAAUUGUAAAUGCACUGGCAAUAUUGGUGGCAUCCCGUCACCAGAAGUGUACGAGUUACUAAAUCCACAUUAGGAAUGUCGCUGGCGUCUCGUGGGACGCGAAAAGCUCCCCUUCUCUUCAUUUUAAUAAUAAUUUUCCUCCUCGCACUCUAUCAACUUGGCAUUAUAUGCAGUGGACCGAAAGUUAGACCCAAUGCUGUUAUGGUAACCAAAGAGAAAUAUGUAGUUGGACCAUAUGACCAAAAAACAUAUAGUUAUGAUAGGUAUAUGCCUUUAAUUUUCAUUGGUGGAAUGCCACGGUCGGGAACAACUUUAAUGCGUGCCAUGUUGGAUGCCCAUCCAGAAGUGAGAUGUGGCCAAGAGACGAGAGUGAUACCAAGAAUUUUACAAAUGAGAACACACUGGUACAAAUCAGAAAGGGAAAGUUUACGCCUUGAAGAAGCUGGACUUUCAAAAGAUGUAAUAGAUAGUGCGAUAGCAGCCUUUUGUCUCGAGGUGAUAGCAAGACAUGGUGAACCAGCUCCACGCCUGUGCAACAAGGAUCCACUUACAUUGAAGCUUGGUUCUUACGUUCUCGAACUAUUCCCCAACGCCAAGUUUAUUUUUAUGGUCCGGGACGGACGAGCAACUGUUCAUUCUAUUAUAACCAGAAAGGUGACAAUAACAGGAUUCGAUUUAACGUCCUACAGACAAUGUUUGUCGAAGUGGAAUGUUGCAAUAUCAACUAUGUACAAUCAGUGCAAAGACGUUGGAAGAGAUCGUUGCCUAAUGGUUCCUUACGAGCAAUUGGUGCUCCAUCCUCGAGUGUGGAUGGAGAAAAUUCUCGGUUUCUUGGACGUACCUUGGAACGAGUCAGUACUUCACCAUGAAGAAUUCAUCAAUAAACCGGGAGGAGUUCCGCUCAGCAAAGUCGAAAGAUCGUCUGAUCAAGUCAUUAAGCCAGUAAAUUUAGAAGCGUUGACAAAGUGGGUCGGACAUAUCCCUAAGGAUGUUAUAGAUCAAAUGGCAGACAUUGCCCCAAUGUUGUCGGUUCUUGGAUAUGAUCCUUACGCAAAUCCACCGAAUUAUGGAGCACCUGACAAAAUAGUCAGUGAUAAUACUCGGAAGGUUCUGGCAAACGAUGAUGCUUGGGCAGCAAAAGUUAAAGCACUUUCCUUGGUUGUUCCACCCUUGAAUUCUGUUAACGCUGGCGCAGGAAACACAGAAGAUUACCCAGAUUCAACAAAAUUCGCGUGACCACUGGAUCAUCAACCAUUAGUAGGCUUCGACUCUUCUAAUGCGUACAUCUACAGUUAUCUGUAAAAUUACUCUCUUGAAUUUCAAGUCACAGCGAAGAGUAUUCUUAAGCUUGUAAAGUUAGUUGUAACUUUAGCUUAUUGUUAAGAACAUAAUGAUUAACUUGAAACUUGCGACUAUCUCACAGACUGCACAGAUUCAGUAUACAUAUAUAUAAGUGUGUAUGUAAAAGUUUGAAUGGUUUUUUAAAGGACAAAUUGUUGACAAUUAAUACGUCCGAUUCUAAAAGUCGAAACAAUUUUUAAAUAAAAAAUAAUGAAAUCCUUCAUUCCUAAAUUUAUACGAAAUAUGUAGAAAAAUUCUAAACAAUAUCAAUAUUAUUCCUGUAGAUUAUUAGAAAAUUUCUAAUUUAAACUUAAAAUUAAUACAUUUCUUUCAUUCUUUAAAGAGAAAAAAAUUAUCUUUUCAUAAUCUUUUAGAAUCUGACUCUGGAAUGUCAACUUUUUACUACAAUAUUAAUUGCUUGAAUCUCGCAUUUAUUUAUUACUAAACGAAAAAAAUUCCAUUUCUUUGUUCUAUAAAAUAUAGAAAAUUAAAAUUUUUAAUUCAAAUAUUAAAUAUAAUAAUUAAUAUUGUACGAUUGACAAAAAAUAAUUUUUCAUUUGCUCGCGAAUGAUUUGCACAUGUGUUAUCUAGAAUUUUUCCUAAGAUCGACUGAGCUUUUUUAACGAUAGAUAAUUUUUAAGUAGAAAAAAAAAUGAAUGUAAUGAGAUUGUUUUGUAAAUCGCUGUCGAACGAAGGCCAGUUUUUAAAUCGUUUGAAGAAUAAAAUUGUUUUUUAAAACGAGACAAUUGUUAUAAAUCUCUUAAGAUUCAACAAUUCAAUGUACUUAUUUAUUUUAAAAAUAUGAAAUAAUUUUGAGAAAUUAUAAUGUUAAAGUAUUGAGUUAAUGUCAAUAAUUGAGUGAAAAUCUUCGAAGAUAGGAUCAGAUCAAUAUUAAUUCAAGAAUCUGUGUGCGACCCUAAGACUUUGUAUUAAUCAAAAUAAAGAAAACGAAAAAUGUGCUUAUCUUUGCCAUAUACUUGAAAUAUUUUUAAAUCUAGUUUUAUAUAUAAAAAAAAAUACUUUUUAUUUAAAUCCAAGACUGGAACUUAAGAAGAUCUGAUAAGAGUAUUUUAGAAGUAAUUUACAAUUUCAUUUUUGAAUAUUUUUUGAAAAUGUAAAAAUUUUGCUUCUUCCUGUGUCGAAAAAACUUUGGAAAUAUUUUUUAAAAAUUUCCAGUCCGUAAUUUUACUUUUCAUGAAGAAAUAAUUUUUUAAAAGUCUUUUGAGCCACUUCAUUAUAUUUCAAUUAAAGUAAUUGUUGAUUAUUUUUCAAAAAUUAUAAUACUUUAUAGACAUAUUUGUAGAUAUAUGGAUUUUAUUUUUACUUCAGAAAUACUAUGCUCAAGUUUGGUUUUACAGAAAAUAGUCAAAACUAUUGUUAAACUUAUUAAAUAUUAAGAACUAAAAAUAUUAUUUCUAUAUAGAGUAUUAAAAUUUUUUGAAAACAUACUUCGUGUAAAAUAUAAUGAAGUGGCACUGUCAAAAUGUUUUCUGUGAUUUGUUUCACUAAAAAUAUUAAACAAAACAAUUUAGGCAUAUAAAUUCUGAAAAUUCCAAGUAUGUACUUGGAACAAGUUUUUCUUCGUCUGUUACAUAUUUAAAAAAUUUCGAUCCAUUGACAAAAUCUAAAAGUUCAUAAGCAUAAAAAAACAAGAAAAAAUUAACAAACUCGCAAUUUGGUUUGGGUCAUUUUUAAAAAAAUUAAAUUUAUCUUUAGUUAUGAAAUUUAUUUUUAUUAGUUCUUAGUAAUUUGUUGAAAUUUAUCUUAACAUCUUUCCAUUUUGAUAAGUAUUAAUUUUAAUUGAAAUUAUGUCGAUGGUUCAAGAAUUCUUGAAUAUGUACAAAAUUUCGAUGUGUGAAUAGAUUAAAAAAUGUGUUAUAGGUAAAUUAAAAAUUUAUAUUGAACAUUUUAAGUAUGUUAAGAUGAAUGGCAUUAAGUGAUUUCACAGAUACGUUUUGCACGCAAUUAAUAUGAGAAAAUAAUGUUCAGAGGCGAAACAAUAUUUUGUAAACUUUAGAUUAAUGAAAUUACGGGACAAGAACUAUUUAAUCGAUUUCUUUUUAAUUUUAAAAUGUGUAUUACUUAUAGAAUGAACUUCCAACCGUUAAGUUAAAUUUCUAUUUUACAGCUAUUAUUGACAAGUGUUGCAUUUCUGUCAGCAUUGUUGUUAUCUAUCUUAUACGAAAUUAAAUUAUUUUAAUAUUAA